AUGUCAGCAGAGGAUCUGAGUAACACCGUACAACAGCAGCAGCAGCAACAACAACAGCAACAGCAACAACAGCAGCAACAACAACAGCAGCAGCAACAGUUCCCGGUUAAUCAUUCGUCAAAUACAGCAUCUUUACCUCAGUAUUCCGUACCAGCACCACAAGCCUCUAACGGCUCUAAAUAUAGCCAACUACUUUGCGUAAUUGAAGAAUUAAAUAAGGAUAUAAGGCCAACUUACACCGGGAAUAAAAUUUGUGCGGAACGUUUAAAAAGAAAUAUAAUUGGAGCUAGGAUAUUAGUUCGUGAAUGUUUGAUGGAAACUGAUCGGGCAAUGCGCCACUGA